UCCGUGCGCGACUUCCGGUGGCGGGACGCGGGACCGCGCACGCGGGAAAAGCUUCCUCGGCAUCCCCUCCCCCGCGUCCCUACCCCCUCCCCGCGUCCUCCUGCGCCCACCGCCGGCGCUGUGCGGUCGCGAGGCUGCAGCUCGAAGAGAUUCCCACCCUGCUGAGCAUCUUGUACACCUAACCAGGAACUGGGACUCAGCUCCCAGAAAAGGGUUCGUUUUCUCUGGUGCAGCCUAGGGCUCCGCGCUCAGGCCACCACGGGUGAACAUGGCAGAGACACUGGAGUUCAACGACAUCUUCCAGGAGGUGAAAGGGUCCAUGAAUGAUGGGAGGCUGCGAUUGAGCCGUCAGGGUAUCAUCUUUAAGAACAGCAAGACGGGCAAAGUGGACAACAUCCAGGCCGGGGAGUUGACGGAAGGCAUCUGGCGCCGGGUAGCUUUGGGCCACGGACUUAAGCUGCUCACAAAGAGUGGGCAUGCCUACAAGUACGACGGCUUCCGAGAAUCGGAGUUUGAGAAACUCUCUGAUUUCUUCAAAACUCACUAUCGCCUCGAGCUAAUGGAGAAGGAUCUGUGUGUGAAGGGCUGGAACUGGGGGGCAGUGAAGUUUGGGGGACAGCUGCUUUCUUUUGACAUUGGUGAUCAACCAGUCUUUGAGAUACCCCUAAGCAAUGUGUCCCAGUGUACAACGGGCAAGAAUGAGGUGACCCUGGAAUUUCACCAAAAUGACGACGCUGAAGUGUCUCUCAUGGAGGUGCGCUUUUACGUCCCUCCCACGCAGGAAGAUGGUGUGGACCCUGUAGAGGCCUUUGCCCAGAACGUUUUGUCAAAGGCAGACGUGAUCCAGGCCACUGGAGAUGCCAUCUGCAUCUUCCGGGAGCUGCAGUGUUUGACUCCUCGUGGUCGUUACGAUAUCCGGAUCUACCCUACCUUUCUACAUCUGCAUGGCAAGACCUUUGACUACAAGAUCCCCUACACCACAGUUCUCCGUCUCUUCCUGCUGCCCCACAAAGAUCAGAGACAGAUGUUCUUUGUGAUCAGCCUGGAUCCACCUAUUAAGCAGGGCCAAACCCGUUACCACUUCCUGAUCCUCCUCUUCUCCAAGGACGAGGACAUCUCCUUGACCCUCAACAUGAGCGAGGAAGAAGUGGAGAAGCGCUUUGAGGGACGGCUCACCAAGAACAUGUCAGGAUCCCUCUACGAGAUGGUCAGCCGGGUCAUGAAAGCACUUGUGAACCGUAAAAUCACAGUCCCAGGCAACUUCCAAGGGCACUCAGGAGCCCAGUGCAUCACCUGCUCCUAUAAGGCCAGCUCGGGGCUCCUGUACCCCCUGGAGCGGGGCUUCAUCUACGUGCACAAGCCCCCUGUGCACAUCCGCUUCGAUGAGAUCUCUUUCGUCAACUUUGCCCGCGGCACCACAACGACGCGUUCCUUCGACUUCGAAAUCGAGACCAAGCAGGGCACUCAGUACACCUUCAGCAGCAUAGAGCGGGAGGAGUAUGGAAAGCUGUUCGAUUUUGUCAAUGCAAAGAAGCUCAACAUCAAAAACAGAGGAUUGAAAGAGGGCAUGAACCCAAGCUAUGACGAUUAUGCCGACUCUGAUGAAGACCAGCAUGAUGCCUAUUUGGAGAGGAUGAAGGAGGAGGGCAAGAUCCGGGAGGAGAAUGCCAAUGACAGCAGUGACGAGUCAGGAGAGGAAACUGAUGAGUCCUUCAACCCUGGUGAAGAGGAAGAAGAUGUGGCAGAGGAGUUUGACAGCAAUGCCUCCGCCAGCUCCUCCAGUAAUGAGGGUGACAGCGACCGAGAAGAGAAGAAGCGGAAACAGCUCAAAAGGGCCAAGAUGGCCAAGGAUCGCAAGAGCCGCAAGAAGUCGUCAGAGGUGAAGAAGGGGAAGGAUCCAAAUGCCCCGAAGAGGCCUAUGUCUGCGUACAUGCUGUGGCUGAAUGCCAGCCGCGAGAAGAUCAAGGCAGAUCACCCUGGCAUCAGCAUCACCGACCUUUCCAAGAAGGCAGGCGAGAUCUGGAAGGGGAUGUCCAAAGAGAAGAAAGAGGAGUGGGAGCGCAAGGCUGAGGACGCGCGGAGGGAGUAUGAGAAGGCCAUGAAGGAGUACGAAGGAGGAAGGGGCGAAUCCUCUAAAAGGGACAAGUCUAAGAAGAAAAAGAAAGUCAAAGCAAAGAUGGAAAAAAAAUCCACUCCCUCUAGGGGUUCAUCAUCCAAGUCUUCAUCAAGGCAGCUGAGUGAGAGCUUCAAAAGCAAAGAGUUUGUGUCCAGUGACGAGAGCUCUUCAGGGGAGAACAAGAGCAAAAAGAAGAGGAGGCGGAGCGAGGACUCUGAGGAGGAGGAACUGGCCAGUACUCCCCCAAGCUCAGAGGACUCUGCCUCAGGAUCUGACGAGUAGAGGAAGAGGGUGGUUGCUCUGCCCUGUCACAUCUCCAGGCUCCCCACUCACGCUGGCU